GACAACUUUUUCCCCACUCCUCGUCCUUUUGCCUGAAUACUAACCUCGAUCGAAACCCAAGGAAAUGGGUUUCCAACUACGCUUUCGAGCCUUCAUGUUUCUCUUCCUGUUUAUGUUUUCCCUCAAAACAGAAGCUGAGGAGGACCUCAUUUCCUUCCAUAAUGCUACCUAUUUCAGCGCCAGAAAACUUGCAGGCAACUGCAACGUUUUCCGUGGUAAAUGGGUCUACGAUUCUUCAUACCCUCUCUACUCUUCCUCUUCUUGUCCCUUCAUAGAUCCAGAAUUCAAUUGCCAGAAAUACGGCCGCCCUGAUAACUCCUACCUCAAAUACAGAUGGAAACCUUUCUCCUGUGACUUGCCCAGGUUUAAUGGGUUAAAUUUCUUGGAGAAAUGGAGGGGGAAGAAGAUUAUGUUCGUGGGAGACUCGCUGAGUUUGAAUCAGUUUGAAUCGUUAAGUUGUAUGAUUCACGCAUGGGUUCCAAGCUCUAAGACAACAUACAUCAAGAGAGAGGGGCUGGCUUCAGUGACAUUCGAGGACUAUGGGGUUAAGAUAUUGCUAUACCGCACACCAUUUCUAGUGGAUCUUGUGGAGGAGAACGGGCGGCGAGUUUUGCAGCUUGACUCGAUAAAGAAUGGUAACGCAUGGAGGGGCAUGGACAUGCUGAUCUUUAACACGUGGCAUUGGUGGACCCACACAGGGAGAUCCCAACCGUGGGAUUACAUGCAAGAGGGGAAUAAAUUGUACAAAGAUAUGAACCGUAUGAUUGCUUAUUACAAAGGGAUGACAACCUGGGGUAGAUGGGUCAACCUAAACGUUGAUUCUUCCAAAACCAAGCUCUUCUUCCUCGGGAUUUCUCCCACCCAUUACGAGGGCAGAGACUGGGAUGAACCAUCGAAAUCAUGCUCCGGUGAGACACAACCAUUUUUUGGUCAAAAAUACCCAGCAGGCACGCCCAUGGCUUGGGUGGUUGUGAACAAAGUGUUGAGCAGAAUACAGAAGCCAAUCUCUUUCUUGGACGUCACGACGCUCUCACAAUAUCGAAAAGAUGCGCACCCAUCGGCAUAUAGUGGCGAUCAUAGUGGCACAGAUUGCAGCCAUUGGUGUCUUCCGGGGCUUCCAGAUACUUGGAAUGAGCUCCUAUAUGCAGAACUGUUUGGUUGAAUACAGUGCGCAUUAGGGUAAUGUACUUGGUCUAUUUAUAAAGACAAUCCAUUGUUUUCAAUUCAAGGGAUAGUUUGCAUUUUUCUUGUGUAAAAGGGCAAUAAGGGGGUUGAUGAUUAAGUUGUAAAUUUAUAUAUAUAUUAUUUUUGGCAAGGAAGUUGCCUUGAAUUGCAAGCAA